GCGUCUGCCAAAUGCCUGUAAUGUAAUGUAAUGUAAUGAUCGGCCCCAUUCCACAGUUGAUGAUGAACCAGAAGUUCCAUUGCAAAAAACAAACAAAAAAACAAAACCAUGUGUGAAUGACGUCUUAGUAAGGUGUGAACAUAGGUAGCCGAAUGAGAGGAAGCCCUUAACUGGUUCCUCAGUGGAGCAAAUGCGUUAGCCACCCCAGUAACAGGAGGACACGUCCCAAUCUGUGUGGAACUGGUCUCUCAGUCGUGAAUGCAUCAGGUGGGCGGAGCCAUGUUGCGGUGUUGGGCCAUCCUCCUCUUCUCCGCCUGUUUGUGUCAUCCAGCUCUGGGAGGGAGUGUCAGCUGCCUUUGGGAAGAGUUUUUCCACAUUGGGCGUAAUUUGUCAGGGGCGUGCCAGAUACAUCAGCCCGCCCCACUGGGGUGUCAGGGCCAAUCCCUUCGUCUCGCCGCCGAUGGACAGGUGCUUCUGCCCUAUCGCCACACGCAUGACACCGGCUACUUCACGGUCCCUGCAGCGUCGGGGACCCGCCUUCACCUGCGGUGUACGCUCACCUGCCCUGGACCGGAACCAAACGGAGCAUGUGACAUCACACUUCGUGGAAGCUACCCUCCGUCUCCCCCCUCCCAACCUCGGUGCUACAUCCCCAGUGGUGGGCAUGACCUGCACUGUGACUGGGACCCUGGAGGGGACGCCCCGCUCCCUGUGAACUACACCCUCGCCUGGCAGCCCGUUGUAAAUAGUUCAAGGUUUCGUGGCGGCAUUGCGGUCACCACGACGAACGGCAUCGUCCCACGCAGAGAGAUCCAGAGACAAAGCAAAAUGUCCGUGUGGGUCAACGCCAGCAACGCCCUGGGCUCUGAGAAGUCCCGCAUAAACACCUUCAACACCGGUGAUGUCGUGAAACCCCCCGCCCCGGUGAUCAAGCCUGGCCCCGUUCUCCCCUAUGAGCUGGAAAUCCGAUGGAAAGUGGAGUGUCCCUCUCCCGUGCUGUUUAGCACGGAGGACAUAAGCUGCCAGGCCCAGUACCGCAGACAGGACCAGGACAUCUGGACCGAGGGAGAGCAUGUGGCCCAGGACUCGUUCCUGUUGGAAGGGGCAGAGGCCGUCUCUGCCUACAUGUUCCGGGUGCGCUGUGCCUGCCCUGGAGGUCAUCAGCUCAAAAGCGACUGGAGUGACACUUACACUGCAUGGACCACUGAGGCCGCUCCUGUAGGAGUUCUGGAUGUGUGGAGUGACUCCCGGGAGAUGGACCAGGCUGUAGUUUGGAAGGAGCUACCUGUUUCCAAGGCACGGGGCAUAGUGCUGGGGUAUGUGGUGACAGUAGACCGUGUGGGGGGCAAUAGGACGGAGCUGAAUGUAUCUGCAGCGGGGCUGGGGGCGAGGCAGGGGGGCGGCGCUGACAUCGGGCCCUGCUGUCGCCUCCCGCUCCCUCUACUGGGGGUCACGGGGGUCAGCGUGUCAGCUUACAACUCUCAGGGCAGCACAAGCCCUGCCCCCUUGCCCCUCCCCACGACAGGUACCCUUGUGCCCGGGGUUCUCUCUGUCUCCAUGAUGAUGGGAAGGCGCGGCUUCAAUAUUUCCUGGUACCCACCUUCCUCCAUUGCUGAAACCGUACAGGAAUAUGUGGUGCAGCAGGAAGAGGCGGGACUCCAGUUUGCAAAGGGUUUUGAUUGGACAAGGACAAACAAGACUCAGAGAAGCAUCAUUCUGACAGGCGACUUUGAGGACUACGCCCCCUACAAUUUGUCACUGUUCGGCGUCUUCGGUGGUCACAGCACUCUGCUUGGGUCUGUCAUCGCGUACGCGCAACAGGGGGUGCCCCGUAUAGUGCCGGGGUUCCAGGUCUCCAGGAUAUCCUCCUCUGAUGUCACUCUCACAUGGCAGCACAUCCCCCUGACCCAGAGGAGGGGCGUGAUCCAGUGCUACCGCCUGGGACAGGGCAACCGCACAGAGUACACUGUAAGCAAAGACAGCACCAGUGUGCAGGUGUCAGGUUUGCAGCCUGGCCAGGUGUACCAGUUCUGGAUCGUUGCCGAGAGUGAGGCAGGAGAGGGGCAGAAGCACACGGUCAAAUUCCACACCCCGACCCACACAGGUUACAACAUCUUCAUGUUGGCCCUGGUUCCCUUGUGUACUCUCGGACUGUUUGUUAUUUGUUUGUUGUGCAGACACAGGAUGGCAGUCUACCCUAUCGUUCCAGUCUGGUGCUAUGAGAAAGUGCCUGACCUGGCCAACAGCAAGCUGCUCCUGCAAAUGCAGACCCCAGUUUGGACCGGGCCCUGUCCCGCCGUGGAACCCGAUCCAAACAUUUGUCUGCUGGAGAUAAUUGAGGCCCCGCCCCAGAAGGGAAGCCUCGUGGGGAGAGAGGAGGAGGAGGAGCAGGAGCAGGAGCAGACAGAUGAGCAGGAGGAGUGGGAGGAGAGUGGGAGCGGGAGGAAGGGGUCGGCGGGGAGGAGCACGGAGGAGAGCGAAGGCUACGCGGCCGUCGCUGGGGAGGAGAUUCAGGUCUUUUCGGACUACGAGAAGCACUUCAUGCCCUGUCCCAUGGAGGUGUACGGUCCAGCCACCAACCUUUGAUUCCAGUAGGGGGGUGGGGGGGUGAGAGAGGGGAGUGUAAAGGCAUGG